CGCUCGACAUUUGAACUUAGAACGCCGCGCGCGACGCUCAUGACACCGCGUAUUUUACCGAUAAAUAUUUAUGCUGUGACAGUUCAACUUUUUAAUUCUUACCAGCCAGUGCUGGCUAGCGCUGGCCAGUUUUUUUUUAUUCUAUUCUGCCAGUUUUUGCAUUUGUAAAUCUAUUCUGCCAGUUGUUUUUUUAAAGGAUUAAACAUGGGGUUUUUGGAAGAGAGGGAUUUUGAGAAAGUGCCGACGAUUAAGGAGUUUUACAAGGGAAAGACGAUUUUGAUCACAGGCGGUACUGGUUUCAUGGGCAAAGUCUUGAUCGAGAAACUGCUAUACUCUUGCACAGAUCUGGAUCGUAUUUACUUGCUCAUGAGGUCCAAAAAAGGCGUCAAGUCGGAGGAUCGAUUAGCGGAGCUGUACGCCACUAAUUACCUCUACGACCGCUUGAAGAGAGAAAGGCCGGGCGUGUUCGAGUCUAAGGUCCACGUGAUUGCCGGAGACAUCCUGGAAAACGGUUUAGGACUGUCCGAGGAAGACCGCACUCUCCUCGUCAACCGAGUCAACAUCAUAUUCCACGUAGCGGCUAGCGUUAGAUUCGACGACCCUCUAACAUUUGCAUGCAAAUUGAACUUGCAAGGCACGAAAGAAAUCGUUGAUCUGGCGAGAGAAAUUACCGAUCUAAAGGCUCUAGUCCACGUUUCUACGUCCUACUCUAACACCAACAGAGACCCAAUUGAGGAGGUCAUGUAUCCCCCUCACGCUGACUGGCGGGAUACCCUCAAAGUGUGCGAGAAUAUCGAUGAGCAUACAUUGAGGAUCGUGACGCCUAAGUACCUCGGCGAGCUGCCAAACACCUACGUGUUUACGAAGCAAUUGGCCGAGCAUGUCGUGUACGAGCAAAAGGGGCAGCUCCCCGCCGUUAUCAUCAGGCCUUCCAUUGUAAUUUCAAGUGUCUCCGAGCCGAUGCCGGGAUGGAUUGAAAACUUCAAUGGACCAGUCGGGAUCCUUGUCGCCUGUGGAAAAGGGAUCAUGCGGAGUCUAUAUUCCGAUCCGUCUCUCAUAGCCGACUACAUUCCUGUCGACGUCUCCAUCAAGAAUAUCAUCGCAGCUGCCUGGGCUAGAGGCACUAAACCCCUAGAGCCGACAGACGACAUUGAGAUCUACAACUCCUGCGCAGGGAAGCUCAACAACAUUACAAUGGGGGAGCUUGUUGAGACCGGCAAGAGAAUGGGGGCGCAGUACCCCCUCAACGACAUCCUUUGGAUGGUGGGCGGGUGUAUUACCACCUCCAAAACUAUACAUUACAUCAAGGUUUUAUUUUUGCACCUUUUACCGGCUAUUUUCAUCGAUCUCAUUCUUUGGAUACUCGGAAAGAAGCCAAUGUUAAUAAAGGUGCAAAGGAGGAUCUACAUUGCGAAUCUGGCCCUCCGAUACUACGUCACCAAGCAGUGGACCUUCGCCAACCAAAACUUUGUGAAGCUUAGAUCCAGGAUAAAACAGGAAGACAAGGAAGAGUUCUACUACGAAGUAGAAAACGUGGAUAAAUAUGAUUACUUCAUGCAGUGCAUCAUUGGCGGCCGCAGAUACUUGCUGAAGGAAAAAGACGAAGAUUUACCCAAGGCCAGGGCGCACUAUAAAAGGGUAUACUGGCUGGACAAAUUCGUCAACUGCGCUUUCUACGGCUUCAUAUUCUGGAAGAUUGUCAAUUCAAGUUAUCUUCAGGAGUUCAUUCUCGGCUUCAAGGAACUAUUCUAACGUUUUAAUUUGAGUCAAUUCUGGUAACUUUUUUUUUACAGUCAGUCGCAGUGCGAUAUUUAUUAAAUACAUUAGAGUAAAAAAUUUAGGUUGUAUUUAUGUAUUGUUCGUAUCUAUAAAUAACCUCGCGAAAGCAUAGAUAGAGUGCCUUUGUUACCAAAACGCCUAUUACUUUCGUAGUUGACUUCUAGCGUCUUAGAGCAUAUAACCAAACGGAGUGGCCAUUAACAGGCGUUCCCCUCUGCCGAAAAUAGGCGGUCAAUGGUCAACCACAUGUCAACCACAUGUAUGGACUGACGUUUAUCUGACAUGACGUACCUAUAAAUUUGAUGUGCCCCUCCCCCGCAAAAAACGGCAGACUAUUUUGUACCGAAAAUUAUAGACAUGGCGUCUCCGUUGGUUAUAUCCUCUAAGUCUAGCGUCAAAUAGCCGAUUUAUCAGUACUGCUACUCGACACUAGAUGUCACGUGUGUCGCGACUGACGAAAAGUGUAUUGCUCAACAAUUUACAACUACAACACAAUUACAACAACAACAACAACAGCCACAACAACAACAACAACAGCAACAACAACAACCACAACAACAACAACAACAGCAACAACAACAACCACAACAACAACAACAACAACAACAACAACAACAACAACAACAACAACAACAACAACAACAACAACAACAACAACAAUUUACAAGCAGAAGGACUUAAAACAGAGUUCCGGUUAAUCUGGUUAUAAUAUGGGGCAUUAUCUAUGAAAAGGGACCUUAUUGUCGAUGGCGCUUACGCCGCACAGUGUCGCGCGGCAUUGUAUUUAUAUCGCAGCAUCGUUAAUAAUGGCGUAAGCGCCAACGACAAUAAGGUCCCUUUUCAUAGAUAACGUCUCAUAUUACCUGAAAAUUAUUGAGCAUUAGAGUUUUGGUUCGACGCGACACUACGAAAAUAAUAGGCGUUUUGGUAAAAAACUGAUGUAUGAAGUAAGCCCUCUAUGCUUACUUUAUUUCUCUAUGGAAUAAGUAAAGAACAAGGUACCAAAUAAAAAUGUUUCCAAAUAUUAACCAAAGCAUAAAGUUACCAAAAUCUUGUGAUCAGAAUAGAUAAUAUUAAUACAUAUUAGGUGAUAAUAUGCAUGAAUGUACAAUUUACUUGAUAUUAUAUAAAUAAACGAUGAGUUUUUGUUUA